AUUAACAUAUAUCUCACUUCCGGGCACUUUAAUUAUCAGGGCAUUUAUGAUGAUGAUGGUGCCCCUUAUUAUCUCAUCCAUGGCAUUAAGCAUCCUUGGUACUAAGCAGGGUGAAAAUAAGCGCAUGAUUGUGUUAACAAUAGUAUUGGUGGUGACAUUUUCAUCAUUUACCACAAUAUUUGGCACAAGUCUUAUGAUGAUAAUCAAGCCUGGUACAAUAGAUUCACCAAGUAAAAAUGCAACCGAUAAUUACCAAGGUUAUAUAAAUCCACAAAUCGGGACGAGUCAGGACGAGACAAUAUACGAUGUGUUUAUGAAUCUCAUACCGGAUAACAUAAUCGCCGCCACAUUCACCACACAUUACACGGCACUGGUAGCCGUAGACCCGGAUAACCUGAGCCUGGGUUACAAAAAAGUGCCGGAAAGGGCUUUCAAGACAAAUAUGUUAGGGUUGUGUGUAUUCUCACUAAUACUGGGUUUCGCUGUCAAACAGUUGGACACAAAGGCCGACACUAUUCACAGGCUUUUAGUCGAAACUCAAGCCGUAGUCCUUGGUUAUAUAAAUCCACAAAUCGGGACGAGUCAGGACGAGACAAUAUACAAUGUGUUUAUGAAUCUCAUACCGGAUAACAUAAUCGACGCCACAUUCACCACACAUUACACGGCACUGGUAGCCGUAGACCCGGAUAACCUGAGCCUGGGUUACAAAAAAGUGCCGGAAAGGGCUUUCAAGACAAAUAUGUUAGGGUUGUGUGUAUUCUCACUAAUACUGGGUUUCGCUGUCAAACAGUUGGACACAAAGGCCGACACUAUUCACAGGCUUUUAGUCGAAACUCAAGCCGUAGUCACCAAUAUAAUCUCGAGUUUAAUCAGCGUCGCGUAUUUCACCGCUUAUCUCGAAUACACUAUUUUGAUAGAACUCAUCGAAACACGAUUUACGGCACUUUCGUUCGCAUUGGGAUGA